AUGUUCAAGAAGAAGCCUACGAUCAAAAACUUAUCUCCUCUCCGAUCUUCCGAUCGCAGGAAGAUCGCCGACCAAAUCAUCAAAGACUACCAGAUUCCUGUCCCUUCCACAUCUCCAGAAACCCAACCCGACGCCGCACCUAGCACAACUCCAACCCUCAGUGCGAUUCGAAAUGCCCUGCUUCCCGAGAAUGCGCUGACUGCCCGAUUUACAACAACUGCUGGACCAGACUUGCGAGAGGUUCAAGGCAUCGUAUAUGUUGGUACACAUCCUGAGGGCGACGAACGAGUACUGUGGUUCAAGAUCGAGCAUGGUCCCGGAUUCAGCAAGCGAUUUUAUCCGACUGUCUAUACGUUAUGGCAUAAUCCAAACUUGGUUGCUUUGUUGCAUACGCCAGAAAUGGUUAUGCGAAAGCUUCACGGUGGUGCAGAUUUAAUGACACCCGGACUUGCCAAUGACCCGCCAUUCCCUGAGCGGGCUGUGAAGGAUGCCGUGGUGGCUGUUGCUAGUCUAGACAGUCAUACUGUUCCGCUAUUUGUGGGAAUAUGUGAAAUUGAUGUCUCUGCAUUGGGAGAGGUGCAAGGGACAAAGGGGCAUGCUGUUCGCGGACUGCAUUGGGAAGGAGAUGAGCUUUGGGCAUGGAGUUCAUCGCCGAAGCCACCACGCCCGACGCCAGAAUAUAUACAAGGAUGGGAUGAUGAGAUCGAGGAAUUGGAAGCGGAAGAAGUCGAGGGAGGCGUUGGAGGCCUCUCGUUGGAUGAAAACGAAGAAGCCCCUGCAGGUGACGCUGCCGACGACGCGGAGGGGCCCUUGGAGAAGGAGCCUACAACAAAGGAAAUCGACGAUGCCUUCGUCAAUGCCUUUAUAUAUGCUCUAUAUAAACUCAAGCAGGAUAAUCCCGACGCUCCCAACCACACUCUUACAUUGCCGGUCUCACCAUCUAUUCUGAUAGCCAACUUGAUUACACCCUACUUGCCUAUAUUCUCAGCUCAACAGACUCAGUUCUACACUAUCAAAAAGACAAGCUGGAAGAAUGUUAAGAAAUUCAUCAAAUACCUGGAUAAGUUGCAGCUCGUCAAGUCCAAAGACCGUAGCGGCCAAGAAACAUACAUCUGGGACAUUGACUUCGAUGACCAUCGCGUCGAGCGAUUCGUCCCUUACAAACUUCCUCUCAAGGGACUGUUGGAAAAUGUCGGAAAAUCAACACCUUCAGACGGUAAAAAACCUGCUGCAACUGGUGGCGCUGACCAGUCUGUUGGCCAAACACUCAAUGUUCAAACAUUGUAUCGACCAACCAGCAAAUUGAUGCCACACAUCUUCCCCACCUUGUCUACAUCAAGCCCUCAGAAUUACUACAAAUACACGGACAUUUCUACCCACUUGGAUCAAUACGCCCAAACACAAGAUCCGCCCCUCGUAUCCGCACAAAACCGACGAAUCAUCAAUCUCAACCCAUACCUUGCCCACACUAUAUUCGGCUCCUCUUCGUCAGAGGACCAAGCGACACUUAAACGCGGAAUGGUCACCCGUGACGCUUUGCUGAAACGUGUUGUAGAGGAUAAUUCCCUUUUACAACAGCACUGGGUCAUUCUCAAGGCUGGACAAACCCUCUCAGACGUUAAGCCCAAGGCAGGUUCUCCGCCAAAGGUGAAUAUCACUCUUGAGAAGCGCACUGGGUCCAAGACCAUCACCAAGGUGAGUGGCCUGGAGGUCUUCGGUAUUAUCCCCAGCCUUCUGGCGGAAGAGCUGCAAAAGAAGUGUGCAAGUAGCACUAGUGUGACACAGGCUGUUGGUGCGCCUAAGGGCGUCAUGGAGGUCUUAGUGCAAGGCGAUCAGCGGAAGGUCCUCGAUACGGCUCUUUCGCGUCGUGGAUUGCGGAGUCAGUGGACCGAUGUGGUGGAUAAGACUAAGAAGAAGAAAUAA